AUGGGCUAUGAUGCAUACAUGGAGGUAUCUAUAUUCUUUUAUAUUGAUUCAGAUGUUGUGGCAGCUUUAUGUUUUUUAAAUACUCAAAUGAUGAUUAAUAAUUGCUAUGUGAUGUACAGAUGGAGGAGUACCCAUCAUUUAUUAAAAUUGGCGGUUUUUUUUUUUUUUUUGUCUUGUCCUCAGGAGUCGAUCGACCACAUCCACGUGAUAUCACUGGACCCGCCUGUGCGGCUGGACGAGAAGCCGCCGGAUUACGCUUCGGUGGUGGACGUGCCGCCGCCAAGUUACGACGACGCGAUCAAGUUGGACCCGCAGCGACUGAUGGACAGGGGCCACCGGACGGCGACCGACACCUGUUCCGUGACGGUGGUUCCGGCGGACGAGUGCGACAAGACGUCGGCCGGCAACGAGACGGCCGACUCCGCGGCGUCGCAGCCGACCACGAAGCUGGCGCAGGCCAUCCGGAAGAGCAUACGCGACAUACGCAAACAACUGACGAACACCGUGAGCGACGGGGCGGCGGCGGCGGCGGCGGACGUCGAACAACAGCAACACCAGCAGAGCGGUUCCACGGUCAUCCACUGCGACGUUGUUCCGACCGCUCUCCGAAAGUCAUCGGACGCGCCGGCGACCGUCUAGCGCGCGAUAUCGCACACCGUCGUCGUCGUUGCCGAUGAUUGUAUUGAUAUUGUAUUUAUUGCAAUACACGCACCGGCAAUCGCACACGCCCGCGAUAUUGCCGUUGCCGCCGUGCCGUAUGGUCGCGGUCCGCGCUUGCCUCGCGCCGACGCGUCUACUCUCACAAGACUGAAAUCACAAAACAUUAAUAUAUAUAUAUAUAUAUUAUUGUGUGUGGGUAUGCGAUUUGAUUGCGAUUCGUAAUCGUACGCGUUUGCACCCGUUUAUGUAUUACGAUGACAUUAUUAUUAUUAUUAUUAUUAUUAUUAUUGUACAGUUAAGGUCCAUCAUAUUAUUAUUAUUAUUAUUUUGCCGCGGUCGAUUUUGCGCGCGAUUCGCGUUCUCCGAUCGCGCCCGACGCUGCUGCUGCUCCCGUUACCUACACACACACCUUCACUCGAUAUUUUUUUACGAUCGUCGUGCGAUAUGAUAUUGUAUACAUUAUUAUUGUCAUCGUUUUAAUAUUAUUAUGUUAUUAUGUGGAAUAUACGUGAAUAUAUGAUGCCUACCCGCCGUGAUGUUAUAUUGUCGUCUCGCGAGUCGUACCUAAUGCUAUUAUAAUGAUGUUGGCGAGUCGAUAGAAUAAAUAACGCCUACGAAAUAGUAUAGAGGUAUAUAUUAUUGUUGCCGUCGACGAGUACAAAAUAUAUUUAUGUUAUAAUAAUAUACACAUACAUAGAAAUAAAAAAUGUUCAAGCGUCACGCCACGUACAAUUUGUGUUGAGACGGUGCGUGAACCAUCUGUUUAAUUUCACCUCUUCUUUCCAUUAUUGUGUACGUACCUACCUGUUUUGUAAUAAUAUAAAUUAUAAUAUAUUA